AAGAAGAAGAAGAAGAAGAAGAAGAAGAAGAAGAAGAAGAUGAUUUCCGUUACGGGGUGUGGGCGUCUCGCUACAGUCCUUAAGAUUUGGAAACGUAAACUGCUUUUUCUUAAGUAAACGAUAUAUCCUUAUGUUUAUUAGUCAGUCCCUGUCGGCAUAACGUAAACAUCUCUGUGUUGGUCUUUAGCGGGUUUUGUUGAUCGUCGUCGCUCUCAGUCGGGAUAAGGGUGUGGUUCAGAAACAAACACGACGACUUUUAAUCAUUUUGAAGUCAGAUUUUGUUGCAAACUACGAGAUGAUGGAGAUUUUCAAAACCUUUCAGUUUUUAUUGCUAAUGUGCGGUGUGUUUGGUGCUGAUGAAGAUGAAGUGAAGUCAGUGUCAGUGAUGGAGGGAGAUUCUGUCACACUGAACCCUGAUCUCACUCAAAUACAGGGAUUUAUUCUGAUAGAGUGGAGGUUUGGCAGUCAGGGCUCUAUCAUUGCUAAUAUUGUUGGAAAAGUGAUCUCAUAUGAAGACGAGGAGAUAUUCAAAGAUCGACUGCAGCUGGAUCAGACUGGAUCUCUGACCAUCAAGAACAUGAGAACCAAACACUCUGGUCGUUAUAAAGCAGACAUCAGCCACAGCACUGGGACAUUUUUCACAAAAUUCAUUGUUACCGUCUAUGAGUCUCUGGCUGUUAUUGAUGCUGCUAAAGGAGAAAUGAAGCUCAUGUCAGUGAAGGAGGGAGAUCCUGUCAUUCUUCAGACUGAUGUUCCUCAACUAACCGGAGAUGAGCUGAUAGUGUGGAGGUUUGGAGAUGAAGAAAGACUCAUAGCUAAACAUGAUUUAGAGGCCAAAAGCCACUUAUAUGAUGAAACUGAUGAGAGAUUCAGAGACAAACUGAAGCUGGAUCAGACUGGAUCUCUGACCAUCACAAACACCAGAACCAGAGACUCUGGAGUUUAUAAAGUGAAGAUCAGCAGCAACAAACAAACAUUAUAUAAGAGAUUCACUGUAACUGUCAGUGGUGAGUAACUCAAGUGUUUUGUA